UAGGGACAUGGUGGGCUGUCUUCAGCAACCUCAGGGGACACUGCAAGCUCUCACACUGCUGAAGGAUGAGGUCAACCCAUGCUGACACUACCCUGCUGCGUCAUUGCUCUCAGCUGAAACCCAGCCCUUCCCCUUUCCUGCAAACAAAGUGAGUGGCUGACAGAGAAGUAGAGUAACAAAUCUACUACAAAAGUUUUUGGACUUCUCUCAAGAUCUUGUUUUCCCCUGGACAAUUUGAAGCUUUGCUACUGAAGACCAUUUCAGGAAUGUAGUCAAUGUCACAUCUGGGAGUAUUUUGGGUAAUUACAACAACAAACAGUUGUUGUGGAAAAUCCUUCAAUGCUGCUUACUCCUCAGUUACAGCAGCUCCUGUACAGCUUCUUCUUUCUGGAGAGACUAACUGAAUAUCACGCUCCAGUCAGCCUUGUUGAGGCUUGCCUGGGACUGGAAACUCCUGACCUGGAACUCUGAAACAUUCCUCAAUGUUUUUUCCUGCAUCCUGAGACACUGAGGAUUAAACAGAUUUGUCAUUUAUAUCUGACUGUGUCAGUUUUCUUUUGUCUCUCACCUGGAAUCUACCUUUGUUUUGGUUCAUCACAAUACCUCAUGGAGUCGAUCCACAACCUCCAAGUGGUUCAUGGGAGGAAAGUAACAAACUGAGUUGUGAAGUUCAAGAAUCACCACAAAAGGCUCAGAUGUAUAGGUCAAGUUCUUUACAACCCAGAGUGUCUCGUAUGAGUCAGGAGCUCAAGAGACAAUGAACAAAGACUACCGAUUGGCAAGGAAAGGGGCGCCGACUGGUUUCGGACACGGUCGGAGACACUCGUGCUUGGGUUUUGAUGUGGAGAAUGGCCUGUCGGUGGGUCGAAGUCCACUGGACUCUCAGACUAGCCCAGGUUCUGGUCUGGUACUUCAGGGCAACUUCCCCCACAGUCAGCGCCGUGAGUCUUUCCUCUACCGCUCUGACUCAGACUUCGACCUUUCACCCAAAACCAUGUCCCGCAACUCAUCCACUGCCAGCGACCUGGAGGAGGGAUUGAAGCAUUGGGAAGUCAGUUGGCUACCUCGGCAUGGAGAAGACAUGAUAGUGACUCCAUUUGCACAGGUUCUUGCCAGUCUACGAACAGUGAGAAGUAACUUUGCUGCUCUGACACAUCUGCAAGAUCGUGUGGGAAACAAGCGGCCAACAUGCAGCAACCAGCCACCCAUGUGUAAGCCAUGUCUUACAGAGGAGCCCUACCAGAAGCUCGCGGUGGAGACGCUGGAAGAACUGGACUGGUGUCUGGACCAGCUGGAGACACUGCAGACGAGACACUCAGUCAGCGAGAUGGCAUCCAAUAAGUUCAAGAGGAUGCUGAACCGUGAGCUGACACAGCUAUCAGAGACAAGCCGCUCAGGGAAUCAGGUGUCAGAGUUCAUCGCCAACACCUUCCUCGAGAAACAACAUGACGUGGAGAUUCUGUCUCCACCUUCUAAAGAGAAGGAGAAGAAGAAGAGGCCGAUGUCACAGAUCAGUGGUGUGAAAAAGACCACACAGAGUCCAAGCUUAGCACCCGCCUGCAUCCCUCGCUUUGGAGUCAACACACCACAAGAGAAUCUGCUGGCCAAGGAGAUCGAAGACAUUAAUCGUUGGGGUCUGGAUAUAUUCAAGAUAGCAGAAUAUUCUGGAAACCGUCCUCUGAUGGUGAUCAUGUACUCCGUCUUCCAGGAGCGAGACCUUCUGAAAACUUUUAAGAUCCCAAAUGACACCUUCGUCACCUUCAUGAUGACCCUGGAGGACCACUAUCAUGCAGACGUAGCUUAUCACAACAACAUCCACGCAGCUGACGUGGUGCAGUCAACCCACGUCCUCCUGUCCACGCCUGCUUUAGAGGCGGUUUUCACAGACCUGGAGAUCAUGGCUGCUCUGUUUGCUAGUGCCAUCCAUGAUGUCGACCACCCAGGAGUCACCAACCAGUUUCUAAUAAACACCAGUUCAGAACUCGCGCUGAUGUAUAACGAUGCCUCUGUGCUGGAGAAUCACCACCUCGCUGUGGGCUUCAAACUGCUCCAAGAAGACAACUGUGACAUCUUCCAAAACCUCAGCAAGAAACAGAGAGACUCCCUCCGCAAGAUGGUGAUCGACAUGGUGCUUGCCACAGAUAUGUCCAAACAUAUGAACUUCUUGGCUGACAUGAAGACAAUGGUGGAGACCAAGAAGGUGACCAGUCUGGGAGUCUUGCUGUUAGACAACUACUCUGACCGCAUCCAGGUUCUGCAGAACAUGGUUCACUGUGCCGACCUGAGCAACCCAACCAAACCGCUGGAGCUUUACCGGCAGUGGACUGACCGCAUCAUGGGGGAGUUAUUCACCCAGGGGGACCGAGAGCGGGACAAGGGCAUGGAGAUCAGUCCCAUGUGUGACAAACACAAUGCCUCUAUAGAGAAGACCCAGGUGGGCUUUAUCGACUACAUUGUCCACCCCCUGUGGGAGACAUGGGCAGACUUGGUGCACCCUGACGCCCAGGAUAUCCUGGACACGCUGGAGGACAACAGAGAGUGGUACCAGAGCAUGAUCCCCCGCAGCCCUUCACCUUCCAGCCCUGAGGAGCACCAUGACGAGGGGCCAGGAGGAGAAGCUCUGGGAGCAGGAGGGGCCAUCCUCUCAGGAGGUGGAGGAGGAGGAGGAGCGGACAAGUUCCAAUUUGAACUUACUCUGGAGGAAGAAGAGGAGGAUGAGGAGGAGGUGGAGUCUGACCUGGAGAGCCCCCUAGAGGAAGAGUCUCAGUCAGGUGGAGAGCGGCACCAGGACUCCUCCUCCCCCUCUUUGUCCCCAGACCCCCGCAGCAGCAGGUACCGCCCUCCCUCGCCUCACCCAUCACGGACUUUGAAUCUAACUGCCAUGUCGGUGCGGAGCCCCCAAGGAACGCUGGCCUCCCCGAGACGGGAGGGCACCAACAGAGACAGAGAACUGACCAAGGAGGGCGACGGGGUGGCCUGCUUACGUAUGGGCACGUAACAACCAGCACAACCUGCCCCGCCUGAGAGACACGAGUGCAGGGAGUAGUGAGACGGAGGCAGGGCAGGCCUUCACCAAUAAAGUCUGUAAAAUCACUACAGUCCCUUUACACUGGAGACACCCUCUCUGGAGAACAGAGGGACAUUCCCCCUCUGCUUUAUUUUAUAUUUUAACAAGAAGAAUCAUUUUAGCCUCUUUUGGGUGCUUGAUUGGCCUUUGUGUUCCGUCCUGCUUUGUUGUAGCUUUAGUUUGGAGUGUCCCAGACAAUGACUGCUGCUUUUUAACUGGGAAGAAGAGUUGAGCCAAGGCGUUACACUCUUAACAAGAACAAAAGGUAAAGGAAAUGUCUUCCUCCAUUUAAAAAAAACUAAUGUUUGUGACAUUCAGACAUGAGUGGUGAAUUAGGAUCGCUGUGGUUCGACAGGGUCGAAAUAGUUUUGCACCAUUAUUUUAAUUUAGGAUAUGAAAAUACUGAGUCGGUUGGAAGAAGUGAGUAUGAUUUCUUUACUUAAGAAUGAUGUGUGAGUUGAGUCAUUUUACCAAAUACAGGAUGUAGAUGAGCAGCAAGAAAAUCAAUGGACCUAAACCUCAGGGUAUGAAGAGAAACAUAAAUCUAAUGUAGCACAGAUGUAGUGGGUACCCCCGACCUGACCCCCUGACCCCAAACAAUCUUUCCUGUUUGAUGUACCUCCAAACCAGAGACAAGUGCGGCUUUGUUUAACCUGCGUGUCUCUACAUUUAAUUAAAACCCUUUAAAGAAAAAAUUUGGCAACUGAAGCAAUCAAAUAAUAUAUAUUUAAACCAGCUUGUAGCAGCGCAGAGAUUGAACAUUGAAGAUGACUGAAUCCCAGUCUCAUCUGUUGAAAAAACAAAAGACACCACCUGUAUAAUUAGUUUAUUUUUUUACCUGAGAUGAUUUUAAAUGAAUGGUGUCACUGUUUUAGGAUUUGAUUUUUGAACAGUUCUGUUGUUGUACAUUUGCUGGUCUUGUCUGUGUUUAUGUGCUUGAAAAGCAUUUUUUUUUUUUUUUAUCAGGGUGCCUCCAGUCCGCAGUAGCACUUUACUGUCUCUGCCCUUCAGCUCUUAUAUUCAGUCACACAAAGGGCUUCACCCACUGUAGGCCUACUGAUCACACAAACACAGUGCAGGACAUCUGACUCGAGGUACCAGAAGGCUGGGCAGGAAACUAACUGGUUGGUUGAUUGAGAAUUUCACAAACUUCAGAUUCUUAACAGGAUUUCACAGACGCCAAACUUUCACAACGUGGAAUUUAUGUAAUUCCAAAAUUAUCUGGUGUUGUGAUUCUUUCUGAGAUCCACUGAGACUAGAGUAUUUGCACCUCAAGCUCAAAUUUUUUAUUGUUAACCAGUAAAAGAAAAAGUUUAUGGCACAAAUAAGAUCUGGAAAGGAGCUCAGUGCAAACUGUAUGAUGUCCUCUUCAUUAUCAUAUACAGGUGCAACCAACUCUGUCGACCUUGAAUGUUGGCUACAGUUUAUUUAUGCCCAAAGACUGACAACAGCACAGAGGUUUAGCAACACUGAGCAGUCCAUUGCUUUAACCUCAAGCAAAUUAGAUUUUCUUUUCUACUAUAUUUAUACAGUUACAUUCUUUUUCUACCCCUAAUUCAGAGACGAACUUAGAUUUCCAAAUGAAUCACCAGUGAGUUACUUUCCUGCCAACAAGUUCUGAUGUGGAGAUCGUUAGGAGACAGAAAUGAAUCGCCUGCAGUUCAAACUAAACAGAUUGUGCUCCAUCAGGUUAUCAGUCUUAUUUGGUAGAUAGUGCUUGACUGGGAUAACUGUGUGCCAUAAGUGUUGAAAACACACAAACACCUGCCAGCCUACGAUGCUUUACAUUUUUACACUAGAGAUUUUAACCUGAUGAUUGUAUAAGUCACUGACUUUAUAGUGUUAGUUUUUACGAAUGAUUCAUGUAAACAGUAUUUAAUGCAGACAAUUUACUAGAUUUUGUGCAGCAUAUGAUUAGUCUGUUCAGACCUUUCCUAAUCAGAUAGCUGAGACUUGAGAAUGUGUGUGUAGUUUCAGGACGUUCAGUCUAGAGCAGUGUUUGUCGCCGUCACUGAGGUAGAAAGACCAGGAAGCAGAUGAGCACUACACAAGAUUAUGAUGCACUUCCUGGUCAGGCAGUAGUAGAAAACACUAGUCUAACAGUAUUUCAUUAACUCAGCUACUAAGCUUUAUUAUCAGCCUUACAUGUGAUAGGACUGGUUGGAGCCUAUUGUUAAAGAGCCAUUGUGCAGUUUUUAGCAUGCCGAGCCUCAGAGCAUCAUUUGAUCUACAGUAACCACAAGACAGCUAUUGUCUGCUGGUGUGCAGUUACAGUUUCUGUUUAAAAAGCACAUGUAACAUUACAAGUUAGAUUUUGACCAGAACUGGCCUAAGGAAGCUCAGACAGCUUUAUUCUUAAAGUGUUUGAACCAUCUACAUUUUCAGGAAGUAAAGGAUGUUUUUAGUACAGUUUAUAUCAAAAUCUUACUUUAAAAAAAUAAAUAAACUUCUGUGCUUCCCUCCAUGCGACGUCCGGUAGCUUUCCUACAGCACAGGAAGUGAUGAGCUUUUCCAUUUCCAAUCAGUGUGGAAAUACACUGAAGCCCUGUGUGGUUUGCACAAGGUGUGAUUGCCACCAUGAACAAAAAGUCAUGUACAAAGUUAUCACUUGAUAGACUGAUCCCACACUGGGGAAAUUCACUCGUCACACCAGCUUGUAUACACAAGGUGGAUAUGAAAUUACUCCUGAAGAUAUGUAUAUACGUUAUGCUGGUGUUAAGGAGUCUGACUCGAAUGAAGGACCUGUGGUAGUGCUCAUUCUUACAUGGUGGGAGUAGCAGUCUGUUGCUGCAGGAGCUGUUUAAGGCUCUAAUUUAUCCCUCAAUUUUUAUAGCAAGAACAGGCGUCACUUUUCUUGUUCAACAUGGCGUUUAUCACGUUGGAUUACGUUAACAGUUAAGUCGAUUUCAGACAGUUUCCAGUCAGCUGAAUGUACCGUCUGUAGCUCGAGUGAUCUGAGGUGUCAAACCGGCAUGUUUUAACACAGAACUGUGGCUCUUUACAGGAAGACAUCAGUGCCAUACAGUGUUAAAUGUGUUGACGAGUAGCCAUGUCUCCGGUCUCCCUCUGUUAUUGUGUUGCGCUGAUACUGCCACCAUUAAUGUUCAUGCCGUCUCGUUGUCUCAGCCUCUGUGUCGUGAAAACUUCUAUAACAUAUUUAUUCCUCAAAACGUGUCUGUCGAGACAAAGUACUGUAUCAUAGGACAUUUGAUUUUAUGUUCUGGAGAAGUAUGUAUACAUCUUCCACUCCAAUGUUUUUGUCAAAGAAAAUAACUAUAUUUUUGUUUCUCAUUAAGCCAAAAGAGUCUCGGGAGUUCAGGGUGUUUUAAGUGGAAAAUGCCAAUAAAUUAUGGAAAUUUA